CACCUCCAGUUCCCGCUUUUUUGUCUUCCGAAUGCGUGGUUGACGGGAAUGCUCUUUUUGUCGUCUGGCAUUCCCCACGCCUUUGUCCCAAUCGAAAUGAAUCUGUUGCUCAGAUACCUCAAGAAACACCGUCCCAGACUCGGUGUCCGUUUGCAGACGCCGUGGAUACUUCACUGGGUGGAUCCAGACCUUCUGGUUUGGCCCAGUUCUCAUGCCGGCCAGGUUUGCACCCCAUCAAACAAAAUGGUCAUCUGAAUGCGACUCCUUUCCACCCCAAUCGUCUGUCUCCCCAGCAGUUUCCUGUCUCGGUGUCGGCCUAUCAUCUUUCUGACAAGGCAUUCGACGGUCCACUGUCAAACGGUGGCCACACAGCAGCCACUCCUUACGGUUCCCGCAAAACCUUGGCUCCGUUUGGCACCAGGCAGCCAGAAAUGAACAGUUCCCAAUCUAUGAAUGCCAUUCAUCCACCUUCGCAGGUAGUUGGUAACGUUCAAAUAACUGCAGGACGACUUUCUCCUCGAUCUCCGGGUGAAUGUAAUCCAAUAACUUAUUUCUUGGAGGUUGACAAUGGACGCGGAGGUAUAUUUA